AUGAAACUUAUCGCCGUCACUCUUGCCCUUUUCGCCUUUUUCCUUGGUGGAAAUGAUGCACUUGACGCCAAAGAAUACAUUGCUUACAUUGAUGAAUUGAGUUUAAACGAAACAUUUCUGGAAGAAUAUGCCAAAUGGUCAUUUGAUUUGUUUUCUCAACCCGAUUAUCUCUAUGGCGAUCAACAUCGAAAAUUUCCGUGCGAUCUUUCGACAAAUGCUUCGGCAGUCGUUCCAACAUCGGUGCACGCCCUUCGGCCACGUGACAUCAAAUGUAUCGGUGCUAUGGGUGACAGUUUAACAGCUGGCCUAGGUGCUCAUGCCUUGACACCCAUUGGUCUAUUAUUCGAAAAUCGAGGUGUUUCUUGGUCAGUUGGUGGAGAUCAUACGUAUAAUAAAGUACUUUCAGUUCCCAAUACUCUUCGGCAAUACAGUCCCACCCUUGAGGGAUACUCUACUAAAGUAUCGAUGAUGGCUUUCAAUGGUCAAGACGCUAAAAAUAACCAUCUCAAUGUUGCUAAAUCGGGUGAUCGUUCAAAUCAUAUGCCUUAUCAAGCUGAUCUCUUGAUGAAGCGACUAAAACAAGAAGAAUUAUGUGAUUGGAAUAAUGAUUGGAAAAUGAUUACAUUCUUUGUUGGAGGUAAUGAUUUAUGUAGCUUUUGUGAAGAUCCAAAUAUAACUAAACAUACGCCAGAACAAUAUUUGAGUUACGUUCGAGAUACCAUCGAUAAAUUAUACAAUGCUCCAAUACCACGUACUCUUGUUAAUCUCGUUCUUGUACUUGAUGUUCGUAGCGUAAAAGAACUUAACAGUGGUGGAUUUGUUUGUCAAGUGCUUCAUAAGAGAACAUGUCCAUGUGCUGCCUUUCCAACAGCAGAACAACAGAAAAUCUUAGAUGAUUAUAUUCCACGGUAUCAACAAAUUCUCAUAGAUCUUGUCAGUUCAGGUCGAUAUGAUACUCGCGAUGAUUUUACCGUUGUUAUUCAACCAUUCUUGGCUAAAACCCAACUGCCCCGCAAAGAAAAUCAUCAAAUUGAUUUCAGUUAUUUCGCACCCGAUUGCUUUCAUUUCAGCGGUAAAGGUCAUUCACAAGCGGCUCUUUCCCUUUGGAACAACAUGCUCGAGCCUGUCGGUGGCAAACAAUGGUUUUGGCACAUGGGUGAAACAAUGAAAUGUCCAACAGAACAAUAUCCAUAUAUUUUCACAAAUAAAAAUUCCGCCAAAGCACUAGAGGAGUAUCAACGUUCAACAACAACAGAAGAGGUUUCUCCCAAGAUCAGUAGUACCAGUAAGCCAUCUGCCAGUAGUACUGAACAACAUCAACAUCACAAGCAUCACAAAUCCGACUCGGGCUCAUUGUUGAGUCGAUCCCAAUUUGCUGUUUUCGUCGGUUGCUUCUUCCUUUUAAUGUUACUGUUAAUCUUAGCUAUCACCAAACGACAACAAAUUCGUGUGUUCAUUCAUAAGAAUGGUCGACAUCACUUAAAUGGUUUCGAAAAUCCAGAAUAUCCAGACGAGAACGAUGAUGUUGAAGUGUGGAAUCGUUCUAAUGUCAAAUCGGGGUUCUCGCUGAACAAUGGCAUUCCAAAAACACACGGGGCACGCAUCUCUUUUGAGUAA